UGAGCGACGCGUUCCUUACCUGUAAAAUGGAAGAAAUUAUGCCUACCUUUUCGGGGUGUUUUGGGGAUUAGAGACUAGCUCCUGGCACGCAGUAGGUAGUCGUAAACGCGUGCUCUUACGUGGCCCAACCCUUCGCUGUGGGACAGAACGGCUUAACGGACCGGUCAGAAUCUGCGACCUCCGGAUCUUGGGGGGUGCAGAGGGCUCCCGCGGCCUCCUUCUCUAGGAGGUGGGGACAGGGUGGAGGAAGGGCUGCAGAAGGAGGAGCUCGCUCAUCGCGACCCGCCCCGUCCCGUCCAGUCUGGCCUGGGCGCCGAGGCAGCGCUGUCCCGGCCGCCGCCACCCGACCUGCCUGUGCUGGUGCCCCGGUGCCCUGCCCACGUCCAGUCAUGACCCUGCGCCCCUCACUACCGCUCCGUCUGCUGCUGCUGUUACUGCUCGGUGGGGCGAUGUGCCAGGCUGAGGCUGGGCUCGAAACCGAAAGUCCCGUCCGGACCCUCCAAGUGGAGACCCUGGUGGAGCCCCCCGAACCGUGUGCGGAGCCCGCAGCCUUUGGAGACACGCUUCACAUACACUACACGGGCAGCUUGGUAGAUGGACGCAUUAUUGACACCUCCCUGACCAGAGACCCUCUGGUGAUAGAGCUUGGCCAAAAGCAGGUGAUCCCAGGUCUGGAACAGAGCCUUCUAGACAUGUGUGUGGGAGAGAAGCGAAGGGCAAUCAUUCCUUCUCACUUGGCCUAUGGAAAACGGGGAUUUCCACCAUCUAUCCCAGCGGAUGCAGUAGUACAGUAUGAUGUGGAGCUGAUUGCACUUAUCCGAGCCAACUACUGGCAAAAGCUGGUGAAGGGCAUUUUGCCUCUGGUGGGCAUGGCCAUGGUGCCAGCCCUUUUGGGUCUCAUUGGGUAUCACCUAUACAAAAAGGCCAGCAGACCCAAAGUCUCCAAAAAGAAACUCAAGGAAGAGAAACGAAACAAGAGCAAAAAGAAAUAAUAAAUCAUAAUAAUUUUUAAAAAAC